AAGUUACAGACGCUCACUGGAUCAAAUCUUUCGAGGGGGCAGUCAAUCCCGAGCAUUCAAUUCACGAUCAGGAUACCGGUACUCUAGACUCUAGAGAAGCACAGCGCUGUCUUUGCUAUCAUUGCAAUCAGUCCGAGGAGACCAUGGAGAUGGAGAAUCACCAGCAUAGCGAGAACGAUAAUGUUGACUGCGAUCCUUUGACGAAUAACGAGCCUCAAGCCCAUGACAUCCUGGAGGAAUACUUCACUGAAAGUCCAUGUUUUGACACCAUUCGCAACAUUGAUACCAAAGUGGAAUACAGUCAUUCUCUAGUGGCAAAGUCGGCAUCAGAUGCCAUUGCUGCCCUUCUACUGCUGGAAGAAUUCCCUGCUUUGGCAGCAAAGCAUUUCACUGGUCGUGAUUUUUUUGAUUUUCGUCCCCAUCGGAUUGGGUGUAGGACACCGUUAUACCCACUUGCGUUUUUUGUCAUUAACAAUUUUUACAGCAAGAUACUCAACAGAGUCCUCAGACUAUAUCCAGAAGCAAUCAAUCAGUCCUUCGAAGAGUGGUCAAGUCUACUGGAAUAUGCUUGUUCAGACUUCCCAAAUAUCAACCAUCAAACACUCAACUGGUUGGCAUCCCACGUCAACCAAAACUUUAAUACUGCAAGGCCAUUCCUCAGCUUUUUCACCCACAACCGCUUGGAAAAUCUGAGCCUAAACGGCCCUUCACAUGAUGAAGAAAUUCUACAGAUCCUGCUUUCCAAAAGUCCAAAUUUCACGGCCGAUGACAAUGAUGCAGUCCAAGAGUUGUUGAAAAUUGUUAUUGCAGCUGACCUUGACAAUGAGAUUGUCCUGCAAUUGCUGGAACAAAUUCCAAUGGGCUCCCGUGUCUUGGAUCUCGAGCAGGAUCUUUUGUGCAGUGUGUUUCAACGUGAAGAUGAGACCAUUGAGUGGCUAACCGGUUCCAGGAUUGACCUAAUCUUCUCGCAGAUGUUGCCGAAGCUUUCAGAGCUUCGACUUGACCUGAAUUGUUUUGAAGAUUUCAUGUGGCUGGACAAGUCUGGGAUGAAGACUGAACCUGAAUGGACACGUGCAAUCAAACUGCUACUUGCAAACUCUUCAAGCCUACAAAAGCUUUCUUUGUCGAUUCCAACAGACAUCGCUUGGACAAACCCAUUUGCCACCACUAUGAUGAAGUACUUGAUUCAGCAGCACAUUUCAUCGACGGAGCUUCAUCUGCGUCUCUACAAUCAAUGUAAUGGGGGUUGUUGGUGGAUGUUUGAAGAUGAAGAUGAAGGUGUCGGACAGUUCUACCUCUAUGGCAACGAACACAGCUAUGGCAAGGUCAAUGGUGAGAUUGAAGAAAAGCUCCGAAGCAAUACAGUCCAGAGCACAGACGAAUUUACCAACAACCGGUUCCUGGAAUUUUUACUGAAUGUUGUCCAAACAACCCCCAACAGUACCUCAAGGGGCAAGGGCAAGUCCACGAUUGAAGAAAUUAAGCUACAGCAUUUGGAAAACGUGCACGCUGAGUACCUUGCAAAACUCUGUGUUCACACCAAAUCAUUGCAACUUGAUUACACAUCUGUGAUAUCCCAGACGGCCUAUUCUCCCUCGCUUUGCAAGCUAUGGAAGCGGCCCUACCCCAACAUAUUUUCAUGUUGUGGCUCUCAAGCUAUGCGAGCGAUGUCAUCACUGCCCUGCCACCAAAAUAUUUGGACAACAAACGCGACGUUUGCACAUAGAUUUGAUUGUGGAGCAAGCUUGGUGAAGCUUUGCCUCAAGGGAAUAAUGCCUGACUUCGCUCCUGAAAAAAAGGAGAGUUGGUUGGAUGCGACAUCCGCUCUGGUUACGACCCUUGGUAUUGACACACUUGAGGUUCUCCAGUUCUCUGGCAUUGAGCAUCAACGACUAGAACUUGCUCUCUUUGGCGCAGCAGUCAAGAAGAACCGCAAUCUGCAUCGGCUAGAGUUGGAUGGAUUGAAUUAUGUUUGCACUGACCAACGUUCUGUCUUGGAGUGGUUUCUGGAGAUGCUAGAGGGGAGCGUGAACAGGGUACUGUCAUUCCUCUUGAUUGGGAGUCCAAGCAGGUAUCACUUCAUCAACUUCGAUGCAGACGGCCUUGCCAGCAGUCUCCUGUCCCAUGGGGCCUGGGCAGUAUGUGGUCGCUAUGCAUCUUUUUUGAAACCAGUAGCUGUAAAGAUUCAGCACCUGUUAUGGUUGGCACACUUUGGACGACAGAGAAUGACAAACGAAAACACCACAGUAAAUGACCUUGUUGAGAUCCUUUUGAAAGUGAUGUCUGUUUCAUCUAGGCAGCUUGCUUUUGCUGUCAACCCAGGGCACCCAAAAACUACCUUACAACCGGAAAAGGAUAAGACAGGAGUGCUGUAUGGUCUUCUGCGUGAGAAACCCUCUCUGUGGUGCUGCUCUACUUCAAAACAUUCACAUGGUCAAGCUUCAUCCUUGAGAGGAGGGAAAAAGCGGAAGUUUGCAGCUCCUGAAGGACCAGCAUGCACAUAAAGAAGCGUAGAAGAUAAUUACUGGGUGAUCAGCACCAUGCACUACUAGCAGCACAUUGCGCUGGUCCAAACCUAUACUAGUAUCUGGCAGCGUCCCAGUGGUCAACUAGCAGCCGCUAUGCCGAAAAAUAUGCUCAUGAAAAUGGUUGUCCAUGGUACAAACUCACACUCCAAAAUAUGCCAAC